ACCGAGGUUUGAUGAGUGAUAGGGAAAAUCUAUUCUUGGUAAACGAAAAAGGUGAAAAACUACAUCAUGUAACAGAUAUAGGAAAUUUAUAUGCAGCACAUACGGUGAACAUUAUAGGUGAUCUUAUUUACAUAGACAGUGAUUUUAACAUAAACAAUCUAUCAAAAGAUAACAUAUCAAAGUGUACAAUGAUAAUAAACAGACAGCUAUAGAAACCACUUUGUGUCUACUGCUCCCCUUCCAAUGGAGAUCUACUUGCUGGAAUGUCAGAUUACAGAAAUACAAGCAAGUUGAACCGUUACAGUAACAGGGGACACCACAUACAGACAAUGUGGCUUCACAACAUGGGUAAGAAACUGUAUAGAGAUCUUAGAUACAUUACAGAAAAUCGAAAUGGAGAUGUAAUUGUGUCUGACUGGAAUGGUAUUGAUCAUGGUACUUUACUGGUGACAGAACGUGGAGGAAGUCAUCGCUUCUCCUACACAGGACAUCCAUCAGAAUCACGAUUUCAGCCGCUUGGAAUCUGCACUGAUGUUCUGUCACACAUCCUGGUUUGUGAUUGGAACGCUGCGACUGUACAUAUGGUUGACAAAGACGGUCACUUUCUGUCUCUGAUUCAGAUACAUCAUCAGCACAGGAUAAAUAACCCAUGGAGCCUAAGUUAUGAUGACAAAACCCAUCUUCUUUGGGUUGGAUUAAGGACUGACAAUAAAGUGUGUGAAUACAGAUACAUAGCCAGACAUGACUGUAUGACAGGAAAAUGUGAUGAAGUAAAAUAUGAUCAUCAGAUAGGUAAACGUAUUUAGAUUUAUGUAUAGUUGUAUAUACAGAAUGUUGCCAUGAAUACUAAUACAUUAAUUUUUUUCAGUACGCAACUAUUUUGCAAAAACAUUUUUUGUGAAGAGAUUAAAAUUCUUAGCCUCAAAAAAUGUUAGCUUAACAAAAUAAAUAAUAAAUGUCAAUCAAACUUUAUCCUAUCAUUUGGCGGUGUUAUCUUCAUAAUUUCAUUUUAAAAAAACUAUUGAUUCAUGGGAAAACAAAUUCUAUCAAAAUAAUUUGAAUGCUAUUAUAGCAGUAUGCAGUAUUUAAAUCAUUCUUUAUGAGGUCUGGAUCUAAAAGAAUUGAAUAAUAGAGAAACUCAAGUUCUUAUAAAAGGCAAAGACGACAAAGAUUAACACGUGGGUCUAGCAUUCAAUAUAAAUAAAAAAGAAGGCAGAGAUACACUAAACUUUUUAUUAAAUGUAAAUGGUUGAUUGUAAUAAAUAAAUAAUGUUUGAAAUAAAAUGCUCUUCUUCUAAACAGUUAUCAGUUAUUUUUAUCUUGAAUUUCUACAAACGAACGUAUGUUGGGUUAGGACAAAUUCAUCCGUUGUGGUCGGAUGACUCAGAUGACGAAGCAUCUGUCUCAUAGACUUUUGAGUCUCGACUUCAUUUCCUUGUCUGUUCUUCAUAUCCUUCUUUUUGAUGAUUUGCAAAUUUUAUUUUCAGACUGAGCAACUUCCAAAGUGAUUUAGACGUAAAUGCAUGGACUGUGCUUCGAAAACCAAUUGCCGCAAAAAAGACAAAUAACUAUUUUAAGCAUGAAAAUUGCAUAAUUAGUUGUAAAAAUGGUCAGUGUUUAGAUUUUCCCCAGUGUUUAGAUUUUCCCCUUCUGCAAUCAAUGUAUAAAAGAAAAAUGCUUUGUAGCAACCGCAAAUGAUACAACGCCGUUUAUGAUACAAAUAUCAUUAAGUUUUGCACUACAACAAGUUGACAUGGUUAUCCGGUUAAUGAUAUAAUUCUUUCAUUAAGCGGCGGUUUAGCAUAAGCAGUUGAGAAGUAAAAAAUUAUUGAUCAAUGCAAUAAUUUAUGCUUUGAAUUUAACUUUGAAAUUUCAAUUUUUUUCACGAUGAAUCCUCAGUAAAUAUACGCAUCUCUCAAUUAAUUCUUGAACGUACACUGUAUUUAUCGUCCAUAAAAUAUCUUUUCAAAAUCUCCAGAUUUCAAAUACCACAAGAUUUCUUAAAUUCAACAUCUUAAAAAAACUUUUCAUCUUUAUACACAUCCAUUCCUCACGAUGAUUUAAAGUCAAGGCCGUUUGAUAUCAUUGACGGCAGCUUUUUCAAUAAAAAUGAAAUUCGUUGUUUUACUUACCUUGUCAUUGGACACUUGCAAAGUUAUUUUGUUAAAAAACGUUCUGAUUGUACACAAAAGUCCUUUUAAGUUGACAUCAAAAGAUGCUUGAAUUUCUGAUUGACAAUAUCUAUGUCGUUUUUGGACACCACAUUUUUCAAAAAUCUUUUGGAAUUCCCAUGGGUGCCAAUUGCGCUCCUUUAUUAGCAGACCUAUUCUUUAUUCAUUUGAAGAAGAACUAAUGCAAAAUCUUC